AUGCUUUCGCGCAUCUCUCGAUCUGCUCUCUCCUCCGCCACCCGUUCUUCUUUCCGUGUCAGCCGAAUCCCAGCAACGGCGCCCGCAGCCAUCCAUCUUCAACCCCGAUCGAACAGCGUCAGCAGCUCAUCCCAGGCGUCCCGUCGAGGAUUCCAAUCCACCAGUUGCAUCCGCAAGGGCAUCUUCCCUGAUUCCUCAGACCCUCCCGCCCCCAACCCGCAAUCGAAUAAUCUCGCCGGCGCGUCCACCCACGUCACGGAACCCUCGCCAUUGACUGACUCGCAGUAUCACGAAUAUGCGGAGCACUAUCUCAAUGUGAUUCAGAAUGAGGUGGAGAAGGCGCAGGAGGAGGGAUCUGAUAUCGAGGCAGAGUAUAGUGUGCGUAUUGCGGGCCUGCCUGCUUCCAGAUUUCUUCUUUUCCCUUUUCUGUCCGAGGCAACUAAUGCCGCCCUUAUGAUUUGCAAGGCUGGCGUAAUGAACAUCAUCGUUCCCGGUGUAGGAACCUACGUCCUGAACAAGCAGCCUCCCAACAAGCAGAUCUGGCUCAGCUCGCCAAUGUCCGGCCCUAAGCGGUACGACUGGGUCGUCGAAGGCGACCAAAUGCAUGAAAAGCAGGAUACACGUCCCUUCGCCAAUGGACAAUGGAUCUACCUCCGCGACGGAUCCAAUCUAACGGAUCUGUUGAAUGCGGAGCUGGCGUUGAAUAUUGCAAAAGAUAUUUACAGCGAAAUUGACGGAUAA